CAUUGAUUUUCUCUGAACAAGAGAUUGAUCGAUAUCCAAUGACAGCUGCGAUCGGAGAGGAGCUGCCACCGCCAGCGUCAGAAGCGACAUCCCCAGCCAAUUUCUAUACGGCGGAUAGUGAUCCCAUCGUGGUGAUCGGUAAAAAGUUCAUUGUCCCAAACCCAGUGGAACUCAAAAUACAACAAACAGUAUUUACAAUUGCUGAAAAUUACCUCGAUAUCGUUGACGAUAAUGGUAACCCUAUUUUCAAGGUUAGGGAUAAGUUGUUCAGCGUUCAUAAUCGUCGCGUUUUGUUUGACGCCGCUGGAAUUCCUCUCGUUUCUCUCAGACAGAAGAUAUCGAGUGUUCAUAGGAGAUGGAAAGUUUUCAGAGGAGAAAGCGAGGGAGCGGUUGAUUUUCUUUUCAGUGUGAAGAAAUCGUCUUUGAUUCUUCGGAGGAUGAAAACCAGGACGGCGACGUCGCUAGAUAUUUUCUUGGCAUCCAAUACGAGUGAAUCACGCCCCGAUUUCAAGAUCAUAGAGAACUGGUGUCGCAGUAACUGCACUGUUUUCCAUGGAGAUACCAUCAUUGCCGAGAUGCACAAAAGUCAGAGUGUAAAAAGCCUGGUUAUCAACGCAGAUAAUUAUGAAAUAACUGCAUACCCUAAUGUUGAUUAUGCAUUCAUCAUUGCACUGGUGGUGAUUCUUGAUGAAAUAAAUCGCAAUGGCGACGGCUGA